CGGGAUUUAUUCGUAAACAAAAACAAACCAGAACUAAAGAAAUUCAAAUUCCUUAAAUCAUAAAUGAACAUGUGCUUUUAAAUUUAAUGUGUCAUCAGUUGGUACUGGAUGAUAAGUUUUUGAAUAAUAUUUCCAGUAAUGUAAGUGAGUACAUAAAGCAUUAUUUUAUCUUACUAAUUAUGAAAUUUUCACUUUCUGUGAAUCUUCCCGUUGAACUUUUUGAUACCUACUGCAAAGGUUUAAUGGCUUCAACACCAAACAGGUCAAUUGCUUACUUUUUUAAUUUGACAUCAUGAGUGCUCAAUGUAAUACGUGAAAGAAUCAUGAAGACUACAAAUGGAUUUGAACAUUUUGGCGACGGAGCCCUACUCAGGUAGCAAUUCUACAUCAUGGAUGUUGAAAUACCCAAUACUAGUAAUGGUGCUGAAGAAGAAGUUAUACUUUCACAAGCGGUCGAAGAAUUAUCUCAAGAAUAUGGGGAAAGUACAUUCUGUGAAAAAUGUCCGUUCGAUCAACAUUACUUUCCAUAUCGCUGCGUCCCCUUAUCCAAUCUUGAGGGUCAUUUGAGGAUUGCAGACUAUCCAUUCUUCGGAUUUAUACUUCAAACAGAGGACACAGAUUAUUUUUUAAUCCUGCAAAAUCGAAUGAAUAUAAUUGCAUCAUUUUUAAUGGGGGUCAACAACAAAGUCCGAAUCAAAAAUGGUCUAUGGAUCACUGAGCAUUAUCAAGCUCUCAACAAAAGAUUUUAUCCAGAAACUUUUCAGUUGGAAUUUCUGGAGGUGGCUGAAAAUAUAGACAUUGUUGAAGAAAAUGAUGUUAUCAGUACCAUUUGUUCAACUAGUCCUGGAAAUAGUGCUGCAGUGAACAAAAUUAGUGAUGAGUAUCGCUCUCAGGCAUUUCUUGUUCUACAUGUCUCAAAUGUUUUGAGCAUAGGUGAUAUAACUGUUUGUCUUUUGUUCAUCAAACUUUUAGAAAGUACUAGUGAGGACGUAUGGCUCAUCUUACAAAACAAAACGUGUAGCUGGUCAGUCACACUACUCCCUGGAUACAAAUACGAAUUACUUAUUCCUAAUUCAUUCCCAAAAGAUAUUUUAUCAAAGCAUAAGCAGUCCUUGAAAGAAAUUCUCCCACUUCAGUUUCAUGGAAGUUUUGAAACAAUAUUUCACCAUCCAGAAUUGUUUUCAACGAUGAAUGCUUGUUAUGUUCCUGGAGGUAGUAAAUUAAAAGUCCUCCCUCCUUCUGUAACGUCCUUAACUCUUAAUGCUCUUAGUGUAAGGGAAGCAUCAUCUGAGAAUGCUGAUCUUAUUUCAAUGUACGGACGAGUCACAAAAGUCAAUCACAUCAUGCGUCAGUGGUCACAAUGUUGCCCCAUGUGCAGCAAGGCCAGUGCUGAAGACUCUGAUGAUAUUCCUCUCCAAAGUAGUCAGAAACCAGGAUUGAAUAUUAAUUCUUUUAGAGCUGAGCCAAAAAUACCUUCAGAAGGUAUCAUACUUUCUGAAAGUGAAACACUGCCAGUGAAAAAUGAUAGAAGAACUUUCGGUGUACUAGGUAGUCUGGUAAAAAAACUGACCGUCAGAGGUCUUCAAGGGGAUAGUGAAACUAUUGUAUUUUUAAGGGAUCACUCUUUUUAUACUGGGUUUGAGAAAGUUGAUUUCAGGAGUGGUUUAUUACAUGAUGGUGGUAUUUUACCAAACACAAUUGUCUGUUUUGAAAGCCUUGUCAAGAAAACUCCUUUAAAAGGAAAACCAUAUUUUUUAACAACACCUCUAACCAAAAUAUUUAUUCUAGGCCGAGUACUAGAUGAUGCAGAGAUUGAAGUUUCUUGGUCUUCCUAUGGCCCCCCAAUUAAAAUUGAUGAGUGGACUCAAGGAAAAGUUUUUUGGUUUGCCCUAGACUUUCCUGAUUUAGUUUAUGUGAAAAUUACUGCUAUCUGUGAUACUUGUGAAGGUCAACUCAAUGAUAAUUUGUGUCCUAGUUUUUGUCAAACUUUAAGUAGUAAAAUAGACGCAACAGCAAUCCUAAUGGUAGAUCAUGUAACAAUGCCACCUUUCAAAUUAAUAAUGAAGAACAGUCAUGUAAAGACUUUCUUAGGAGCUGAUGACACAAUGUGGGACUGGUUUCAUACAGCUGCCAGGAGGUCCCCUUUAAUAUAUCGACGUGAAUCAUUAGAAGAAAUGGAUCACUCUGUAGAGGGAGAGUUCCCAGCUUUGUUUAAAUUUUAUUGUGAUCUCUUUCGUCCGAAGAAAAUGUGGCAUGUUUGUGUUAAAAUAAUGCCUCAAAAGUCUGAAGAUGCAAAAAAUAAUUUGUUUACAGUAUUUUGUCUAGAAAUGCUCCCUGUGGAUCCAGCCCGAACAGCAAAAUUUGCCUAUAAUUUAGAAGCAUUAGAAAAUUCUAACUGAAACAUCACUCUAAAUGUAUUUGUUAACCAUCCUGAAUUCAUGUUAAUAAUAUAAGAUUUAAAAUAUCACA